AUGUAAUGUUGGUGUGGUGUAUUUGGUGAACCUGUUAUUUUGGUGAACCUGUUCUGGGAAGUGUGAUCAACAGACUGUACUGAAUAAGAAGUACUUGAUAUUUUCCACAAGGCAUAGAAAGGAGGGCACUGUGUUUGCAUAGUCACACCAGAAAUCAUGACUGUAUCCUAGAGCUAUGAGGCAAGAAUCUUUGCCGCUGAGCAUUGCCUGUGGAGUUGGCACAUUUUUUAUGAUCAAUCUUUUCAGGUUGCCAUUUAUUGGGCAAGGAUCUGCUUGGAGUUGUAUUUGACUGGAGCCCUAUAACAUCUAACCUGCAGCAUGUUUCUGGUCAUAGUGAUUUAUUGGGUAAUCAUGACGUGUAUUAUGAGUGGAUUCAAAGUUGAAAAAGGCAUUUCUCAUACAGUUGAGGAUAAAUGUUCUGACUAUUAAGUGGUUUGUCUUUGUAGGUCUCAUUAUGAAAGGGGGAACUGUACCACCCUGUACAGUAGUAAAGUUGGGAAACUGCAGUGGGUUAGGUGACAUUGUGCUUCCUUAGUACAAAUACAGUAAAAGGGGAAAAGGAGACUGAAGUGAAACUCAUGAAUUUUUAAUUUGGUUAAAUUACCUAAAAUGCAUUGCAACACUUAUUUGAUAAGUAAAACUAGAGUGUGUGGUACUGAAUUGAUUGGGUAGUUCAGUUUCCCCAGUUUAGCUGGGAUAUGCUGGACGGACCCCUACCCUGGGUCUUAAAACAUGAGGGGAGGUGAGGCAAAGUUGUUUACUGACCCCACCGACCAUUUUUAAUUAUGUUGCUGGUGGAUGAGGUCAUUCAAGAGAAGCCAGCGACUAUGGCUAAAGACUACCCCGCGCCCCAAGUUCUCAGUCUGUGUCCUUGGAGACCAGCAGCACUGUGAUGAGGCGAAGGCAGCUGAUAUUCCUCACAUGGACAUCGAAGCACUGAAGAAACUUAACAAGAAUAAGAAGUUGGUGAAGAAAUUGGCUAAAAAGUAUGACGCUUUCCUGGCUUCUGAGUCACUUAUCAAACAGAUACCUCGUAUCUUGGGUCCAGGUCUUAACAAGGCUGGUAAAUUCCCCUCCCUGCUGACCCACAAUGAAAACAUGCUUACAAAGAUAGAUGAGGUGAAAUCUACUGUCAAAUUCCAGAUGAAAAAAGUGCUGUGUCUGGCUGUUGCUGUUGGACAUGUGAAGAUGACUGAAGAUGAGCUUGUAUACAACAUUCAUCUUUCCAUUAACUUCCUGGUGUCACUGCUGAAAAAGAACUGGCAGAAUGUGAGGGCUUUGUACAUAAAGAGCACCAUGGGUAAAGCACAGCGCCUCUAUUAAAGUGUGCUGCUGUGUGACGUUUUUCAUGAAAUAAACAUUUUGAAAACUUU